GUAAAGGACUUCCCUUCCCAUAAUGCGUUGCGUGUCCUUCAGACUGCGCAUGUGCACAGUGCGUGGGGACCCAGCUACUUCACUCUCAUGAGCUUGUGACACAAAACGGCAACCACCAUGGAGCCCGCUUGGCGACAGCAGGGCCGGGGUCGUGGCCGGGGUCAAGCUGCGGGUGACGUGUCGUCACGGCGACCGCAGAGGCAGGAGGAUAGGGGGCGAGUGGGGCGAGGAAGGGCCGGUUCUGCCGUCACAACAGUACUCAAAGCAGAACCGUCACCUGGUACAGCUGCCUCCUCACAGUCCAAAUUUGACGAGAUCAGGAAGUCUAACCAGGCAGCUGCUCAGCGAUUGGCUGAGAGUCAGUACAGCUCUUCUUCCUCUGAUGAGGAUGAGGAUGAAGUGUUUGGGAAGCGAGGCCGAAUCCUGGAGUCAACUCUCACCACAUACACCAGUCAGACGGGAGGAGACGUGUCAGACCUGGAGCGAACUCGUCAAUACCUGAAUGAGGCAUUCCAGUCCGGAGCCAUUACCUGUCUCAUCUGCAUCGCCUCUGUGAAGAGAACGCAAGCGGUAUGGAGCUGUGUUGGUUGUUAUUGUAUCUUCCACAUCCCAUGUAUUCAGAAGUGGGCUAAAGACUCCAUCUUCCUCGUCUCCUCGGUAACAGAUGAGGAUUUUGGGAAAAAAGAUCACCCCUGGCCCUGUCCUAAGUGUAGAUAUCAGUAUACCCCUCAGCAGACUCCCACUCGCUAUUACUGUUACUGUGGGAAGGAGGCGGAGCCUGAGCCUGACCCUUGGCUCCUCCCACAUUCCUGUGGACAAGUGUGUAACCGAGAGUUUAAACCUCCAUGUGGACAUCGCUGCCUUCUGCUCUGCCAUCCAGGUCCGUGCCCUCCGUGUCCGAAGAUGGUGAGUGUGUCGUGUGUGUGUGGGAAAGCAGCCCCUGUCCCACGCCGCUGCAGUAAUAAAGCCUGGACCUGCCGGGAGAUCUGCGGCCGCACCCUAGCCUGCAAGAUACACACCUGCUCACACACCUGUCAUGCAGGUGAGUGUAAGGCGUGUCCGAGAGUGAGCGUGCAAAAGUGUGUGUGUGGCAGGAAGAAGGUGGAGCGUCAGUGUGCCAGUCCUGUGUGGCACUGUGACCAGGUGUGUGGUCGGCCGCUGCCAUGCGGGAACCACAGCUGUGAGCGAGUGUGUCACACAGGUGUGUGUGGAGAAUGUCCACGUGCAGAGAACCGUACCUGUCCAUGUGGCAAAAGCAAGUGUGCAUUACCAUGUACAGCUGAUGUUCCUACCUGUGGUGACACCUGUGAUAAGAAACUGGACUGUGGCUUACACACCUGCUCAAUGCGCUGCCAUAGAGGAGCCUGUGAGACCUGCCGCCAGGAGGUGGAGAAGCAGUGUCGGUGUGGGCGCUACACCAGGCACAUGCCCUGCCAUAAGGAGUAUCUGUGUGAGUCUAAAUGCAUCCAGAUGCGCAGUUGCAACAGACACCAGUGCAAGAGGAAGUGUUGCCCGGGUAACUGUCCACCAUGUGAUCUUAGUUGUGGCAGAACACUGGGCUGCCGGAACCACAAGUGCCCCUCUGUUUGUCAUCAAGGGAGUUGUUACCCCUGUCCUGAGGUGGUGCAGGUUAAAUGUGCAUGUGGUUCCACGUCUCUGAGUGUUCCAUGUGGGCGAGAGAGGAGUACUAAACCUCCACGCUGCAAGGAGAUUUGCAGGACCCCUCCGUCGUGUCAUCACCCCUCUCGUGAGCAGCACAGGUGUCACUUUGGGGCAUGUCCUGUGUGUAAGCAGGUGUGUCAGCUGCCUUUACCUGGAUGUACACACCAGUGCCAGGCACCUUGCCAUGACCAGGUGCUGCUUAAAGCCAACAACAGGGUUCAGUUAGCAGGUCCGUGGGAACAGCAGAUUGCUCCAGCGUUUGAGUUCAAGGCAUUACCGUGCCCUCCCUGUCAAGUGCCCAUACCCACGGCCUGUCUCGGGGAGCAUGAGGUGAGUCCAGUACUGUGUCAUGUACGUGGGCCGUUCUCAUGUGGCCGUGCAUGUGGACGAACUUUGACCUGCGGGAACCAUAGCUGCAGACUGGAGUGCCAUGCUGUGACCUUUCACCCCAAGAAGGAGAAAACUGAGGCUGGGAAGGAGUGUGAACAAUGUGAAGAGGGCUGCUCUAAGCCCCGCCCCACUGGAUGCCCCCACCUAUGUGCCCUCCCCUGUCACCAUGGCGACUGCCCCCCCUGCACUCAGAUGAUCAGACAGCGAUGCCACUGCAAGAUGUCCAACCUCUACAUUGAGUGCCUGAAGCUGACCUCUGCUGACGAUGAAGAUAGAAAACUCCUCACCUCCUGCAAGAACCAGUGCCCUAAACAGCUGAAGUGUGGGCAUCGCUGUAAGGAGCUCUGUCAUGCGGGAGAGUGUGAGGAGAACUGCAAUCAGAGAGUCAAAGUCAAGUGUCCAUGCAAGAGGAUCAAAAAGGAGUUUUCAUGUUCCCACGCCAGACAGGAGGAGAAUCUGGUGGUGUGUGAUGACACCUGUAUGGACCUACAGAGGAAAAAUGCUGAGGCCCAAGAAGCGGAGGAGAGAGCACUCAAAGAGGAAGAGCUGAAGAAGCAGCAGGCCGAGUUGGAAGCCUUUGAGAAGCGGCAGAAAGGAAAGAGGAAGAAGAACAGGCGCAAUACAGAGGUGGAGACUCCAGAAGGGGCGUGGCUUAAAUACAGGAAGUAUUUCCUGGUACCUGUGUGUGGCGUCCUAUUGGCUGUUGGAGCAUUUUAUCUGCUGCAAGCCGGUUAGAACACUUUAACAGUGACCAUCACUGAGACACCAUGCUGAUACACACACACACACACACAUACACAGAGAUCUUCACACUUUAGUGUUUCCUGCUUUAACACACUCAUCAUCAGGAUAACAAAGGUGUGUGUGUGUGUGUGUGUGUGUGUGUGUGUGUGUGUGUGUUGCAGUCUCAAGUUUAAUUGUUAUCCUUCUAAGCCGGACAUGUUCUGUUCUGUAGAUUAGGUUUAUAUCUGUAACGAUAGAUCAGUUAUUGUUAUAAAUAAAGUAUCAGUAGAUUUUGGUUAUUUGGGAUUAAUCAGACGUUGGAAUGAGAAGUCUUCAGAUUGAAAGGUUUUGUAGCGAGAGCUUUUCAACGUGUCAUGAAUAAAGUUUUGUUUGAUUAAACAAUGUGAAAUGUU